GAUAGUUUUGAGAAGUCUUAUAUCCUAAAUAAGAGGCAAGAUCCAAAGGUGAAAGGGCUAGAACAAAGCCAACUCUAUUCGACCUUUGUUAGAUUGGAAGCUAAAUCUUUCACACAAUCCCAGAAAAAGUAUCAUCGUUUGACUUGAGAAUUGAGAGUGGGAGAAGUGAAAAAAAAUGUUGAACACUUCAGCAGCCAUCUUUCACACACCUAUACUCUAUUCCCUUCACAAUCCCACAUGGAGCAAUAAACCGCCAUUAACAUGUAACAAGCUCAAAGCUUAUUGCUCAAUUUCAUCAAUUUCCCAGACAAUUGUUGAGAAAGUUUCUCCAGUUUCUGGGAAUUUAUUAGGAAAUGCAAAAACUAAAGAAAGGGUAUUCUUUUUAGAUGUAAACCCUAUUUGUUAUAAAGGGAGUUCUCCAAGUUUGGAUUCUUUUGCUCAUUGGAUUUCUCUGUUCUUCUCUGAAGUCAGUCUCCAUCAUCCUGUCAUUGCUGUUUUUGAUGGGGAAGGAGGCCAUGAACAUCGCAAACAAAUAUUACCAUCUUAUAAAGCACAUAGGUUGAAAUUCUUAAGGCGUAUAUAUACAUCAAAGGGACUCGAACAACUUCCGAUUGGAAGGUCACACCAAAUUGUCAUGGAUUUCUUGAAGGACUGUAACGUGCCGGUCUUGAAACUUUUAGGUCAGGAAGCAGAUGAUGUUAUUGCUACUCUAGCUAACCAAGUCUUAGAUAGAGGAAAGAAGGUGGUCAUUGCUUCGCCUGAUAAAGAUUUCAAGCAAUUGAUAUCAGAAGAUGUGCAGCUUGUUCAACCUGUGCCUGAGCUCAAAAGGUGGUCAUUUUAUACACUGAAGCAGUAUACUGCUCAAUAUAAUUGCGAGCCACAGUCUGAUUUGAGUCUUCGAUGUAUUAUUGGUGAUGAAGUUGAUGGUGUUCCUGGAAUCCAGAAUCUGGUCCCUGGUUUUGGCCGGAAGACUGCUCUUAAACUCAUUAAAAAACAUGGAUCUCUGGAGAAUUUGUUGAAUGCGGCUUCUGUCAGAACUGUGGGAAAGCAAUAUGUACAAGAAGCCCUUACAAAAUACACUUGUGAGCUUAGGAGAAACUAUGAAGUACUUUCCUUGAGAAGGAACAUUGAUGUGCAUGUUGAAGAUGAGUGGUUAACUGAAAGAGACACAAUGAAUGAUUUGGCUGCCAUAGCAAAGUUGAACAAAUUGUUGAAAGGAAGCUAAAUCUUCAAUUCUUAGAUGUAGAAUCCUUUUGAUCAUUUUGUCAAAGAAGCAAAUAUAACCAACUUUGAGGUCAUCUGUCUAUAACAAGACCUGCUUUGGGAAUGCUAAGGAAAAGGGGUGAGGAAGGAUGGCACAAGACAAGAUACUUGUAUUGGGUGUUGCUCAUUAGGCAUAGGCGCAUAGCCUAUGGAGCGCUCAAAGCCAGUAAGCCACAAAGGAAUAUUGAGAUCUUUUGCAACGCCCUGUUUACGCAUCACUUCAGUUCGUUUGAGCCAGUAAUCCCAAAAUCAAUGUCGCAUUCUUCGUUUGCUUUACCGGCUCUAGUUGUAUCCGUCAAAGGAGGUGGGGGAGCAAGUGAUUGUACUAAUUGGCUAUAAUCUCAUCUAAUUUGUAUCUCCCUUUCUUUUUGCUCCUUUGGAAUUUUCGCUGCUCGUUCAGCUGUCCUAUUUUUUUGUACAGUUGCAAAGUUGGAAAAAGGUUUUUGUAUUCGUGGAGAAAUUUGUGGUAAAGAUGUUUGCAUGCAUUUCUUAUAGAUAUCCAAAUUUCGUCA